CAGCGGGCUUAAGCGCGCUCAAUAAUAAGGGAGAGAGUCCGUCAGAGGCAACUGUUUUCCCUUCAGUUUUCCACCAUCUGUGCGUAAGUGGGUGUGUCAAAUGUAGGGUAGGCUAGCGCUUGGGUACGCGCUCUGAAAAGAAGAAAAAGUUCAUAAUGAGUUUAGUCUGAAACCCGCCCCGGAUUUACAGGAUGGCUCUCUGGACACGAGCGGGCAAAAAUGGUCAAUUAGACCUUUUGCUCCGGGACCGCUGGAUUCGGGUAGCGGGCGAAUUGACCAUUGAGACUUUCACAUUAACGGCCGAAGCAGAGAUAAGUGGGCACGCGAACAACUUGCAUUGCAACAAUUCAGCGGACCUACGAAAUGGAAUAUCAAACGGAAACGACCCAGGGUUAACGUCGGGAAAUUCGAACCAUGGUCAAAUCUCGAACCCAGAACAACAUCCGAACCAUGGUGCGCUAGGACGAAGCAGUAGCCCAGCGCACGGGGGAAUCAACAGGGGUCACUACGAAGGUUUUAGCGCAGGCUCUAGCAAGUAUAAUCGUGAUAACGGUACGAACUCUGAUUUUGGCAGCCCGGGGUCCAGUUACGGUAGUCCUAGAUCUAGCUUCAGUUCCAGGCAUGGCGAAACUUCCAUCAAUUUAGAAUCCUGCGCAUCGGAAGCUGUGCGUAAAGUUCGAGUUGUAAAACAAGAGUCGGGCGGGUUGGGGGUCAGCAUCAAGGGGGGUCGGGAAAACCGAAUGCCCAUCCUAAUAUCCAAGAUCUUUCCCGGACUUGCAGCAGAUCAGAGUCGAGCUCUUCGGGUCGGUGACGCGAUACUGUCAGUCAAUGGAAAUGACCUCAGGGAGGCUACGCAUGAUCUAGCGGUGCAGGCUCUAAAAAAGGCCGGGAAAGAGGUUACGCUUGAGGUGAAAUAUAUCAGGGAGGUUUCCCCACUGUUUAAGAAGCCGUCCUUGGUAGCAGACCUACCGUGGGAUGGGGUGCGUCCUCAAUCCCCCAACUUCAGUGGCAGUGAGGACUCGGGGUCCCCCAAACACAGCGGGGCCAAGGACCGAAAGGUCAUCCCCCUCAAAAUGUGCUUCAUCAGCAGGAACCUGACUAUACCUGACCUGGAGAACAGGCUCUUGGAACUGCACUCUCCUGAUGGCCAGCACACGGUGGUGCUGCGCUGUAAGGACAGCCCCAGCGCCCAUUCCUGGUUCACAGCCAUCCACACCAACAUUGCUUCCCUGCUGCCCCAGACUUUGGCCCACAUCAACUCCUACCUGGGCUCCAUCACCACGGGGUCACACCCCCAACUCAAACAUAUCAGCUGGCUGGCAGAACAGGUCCAGUUGGAUGGUGGGCGGCACCAGUUCCGACCAAUCGUCAUGGCACUGACAGAGAAAGAUAUCCUGCUGUUUGAAUCAGUCCCAUGGAACCGUGAAGCAUGGUCCACACCCCUGCUCACACACCCACUACUCGCCACAAGACUGGUGCACUCUGGCAGUGCCCGCAGUUCCCCGGCGCAGGGGGCAGACCUGGUGUUUGCCACACGGACAGGUACAGGGCGAGGCAUUGAAUCCCAUGUGUUCCGGGUGGAGACGCACUGGGACCUAUCCUCGUGGACCCGGGCCCUGGUGCAGGGGGGGCAUUCUGCUGCAGAACUGAUUAAGGAGAUCUCCAUUGGUUGCAUGCUGAACAGGCAGGACGUUCGCCUCACGCUUCAUUAUGAGAAGGGCUUCACUGUGACCCGGGAGUCAAGGGAGCCUGCAGUGGGCACUGUGCUCUUCAGAUACCCCUUCGAGAAACUCAAGAUGUCCACAGACGAUGGGAUCCGCAACCUUUACCUGGACUUUGGAGGUCCAGAGGGUGAAAUGGUGUUUGACCUGCACUCUGGCCCCAAGCCCGUGGUGUUUGUUCUUCAUUCCUUCCUGUCGGCCAAACUGUCUCGUCUGGGCCUGCUGACGUGAAGAGGCUGGGGUCAGGCACAUCAACAAAUAUUCCUCUUUUUACUAUGCAUCAUUCAUCACAAGCGUUCCAAUGUAUAUGUGCUCUUUUUAUGCAUGUACUUUGUUCUUGUCAGUUGAAUGAGUGAUUUUUGUGAAGAACAGAGUAUGUAUUUGUUCAUCUAAGUAUGUGUAAAUGCGAUUGGGUUUGCAAGUUGUUGAUUGAGUGUAAAUGACCAAGAGCAUACUGCCAGUGUGAAUGGGUUUAUACUUUUGCAUUUGUGUUGGCUUUAUAGUGCAUGUUACCCAAAAACAGAUAAUCUAGCACAUUAUCUAAAAUGACUUAUAAUCAGGAUUGCCAACUGUGCCUUGUUACAUGUAGUGAUAAAUGCUAUUUUUAUUGUGUAAAAGUUAUUUGUCUUCAAAAGCUAAUAGGUUUUAAAGCAAAGUAAGCCUUAAACAUGCACAGCAAUAGUAUUAUUCUUAUACUGUAAACAUGUUAUUUCUGUAUUGUUUAUUCUUUGUAUGUAUAUCCUAUGUUUAGCAUGACUUGACUAUGGAAAAAGUUCUUCUUUUGGAGCAUUUACAAAAUCACGGUGUAACACCAGUGACCUCUAUGUUACCUGCCUCACCCUUCCCUCCAGUAGGCUAGCCACACCGCCAAACCAUUGUCCCAUGCUGCCUGAGAACACCACUUCCCUUAACCACUCCAUUCUGCAUUGGCCUUAAGCCAAGUCUUUCUAUUAGAGUUCAUGAUAUGAGGUCAUACCUAAGCUUCUCUGCCUUUCUACUCUCUUCUUUUUCUGUGUUUCCUGUGGAAGUUCCUCAUACACACCAUGCAAACAUGAGAUGUACUGUCAAUAUGCAUCCACAGUAAAGUCCCUGAGGGGUCUGGGUCAUGUUUUUGCCCUAUUAUCAUAUUAAAAUAAGCAAAAUACUUAAAGAACGUUCAAAGAUGUUCAUUCAGAACUAUGAUAUCUGGGAAAAUGUCAUUUCAGCUGCAUUAUGGCUCAUUUGUCUCAAGCCUUCUCUCUCUGUCUCAUCUUCAAAACAGGCUUCAGGUCCAGUUAGUAAAAGCUUUGGAUACUUUUAAUAGCACAAAUAGGAUGCAAUUAUUUUGUUUUAUCCCUGUGUAAGCUUAUCAUGCUGUAUGUUACCACUGGCUCUGAUUGCUACAUUAUGUCAUGGCUCUUCUUCGGACCCUGCUUGACCACAUGAUCCCCCAGCUUGACUUAAUAUGUAAGCAGAUACUGUAAGUGCCUAGUUGAUGCUGCCAAUUGUAUGUCUGAACUCUAUCCCACUUCAGUCUCUGUACUUUUAAUAAUUUGUAGGUAUCAAUACACAUCUGUCAAACAUUGUUUAAAAAAAAUGUUUAUCAUAUCUUUCUUCCAUUUUGUUUCGAGCAAUGUACUGUUCUUGCAAAGCAUUUUUUUUUAAAGAAAGAGUGUUGAACCAAAUGUAUCUGUGGUAGCUUUGCGUUUGACACAAUCAUUUAGCAGGACCGCAUUGAAGAAACAUUGCUGCGGCAAACCUGUUACAUGCUAAGAAUUUUAGACUCCCAAGCCUGCACUCUAAAAUAUAUACGCAAUGUAUGAUCAUCUAAAAUGUAAAUAUCUAUAAGAAUAAAAUCUGUUAAUGGCCAGCUGUAA